AUGAAGCGCAAAGGUGGGCGCUGGCCGCAUCGCGGUCAUGGCGAUGGCAGGAAAGGAGCCAUGAAGCGGCUGAGGUUGGCAGUGGAGGAGUUUGUACAAGCCACCGGUGAGGGCGAGGCUCCCGGAGGCUUCCAGGGGCCGCUUCCCGGGUUCCGAGCCCAGGGUCGCAGCGCACCACCAAGCUGCCGUCCUGGCGGGAAAAAAAGCCGCAAGGAAUUGAAGCGGGAGAAGCGACACCUGAGGAAAGCUCGCCGGUCUCAGUGGUCCGCCGAUCCUGCACAGGGUCCCGUUCCAGGAAGACUCAAGGAGGACCAAGAAACGGUUCUCCCUCCGUCGGCAGAGAAAGAGGAAAGCCAUCACCCCUCCCUUAGCCAUGACCCACCUCCUCCCAACAAACAGCAGCUCCCCAAAGCUAAGGCCAAGGGUUCCCCGAAAGGGAAAAGCAAACCGGCUGCUACUGCCGAGGCUCGAAAACGGGCCCUGCUGGCGGCCAACGAGGAGGAGGACCGCGAGAUCCGGAAGCUGGAGCGCUGCCUCGGCCUCAACAAGCGCAGGAAGAAGGGUGACAGCAACCCCGUGCCGCUUAGCUUCGCACGAGACGGGCUGGACUAUAUCCUGGGAGCCCUAGAAUCUGGGGGAAGUAGUGGCUUAUAUGAAAGCAGCAGUGAGGAGGAGGAGGAGGAUGCCGACCAGACGAUCUCCGAGAGUGACCUCGAGAGUGACAGCGAGGAGGAGGAGGAGGAGGAUGGUGAGGGAGGCGAGGCAGAAGGAGCGCAAAGCGAGGGAGAGACUAUAGAAGAGGGAGCCGCAGCAGCGACAGGCCGGGGUAUGCCGCAGAAGAGAGGUGCCAAGAGAGUCCGUUUUGCAGACUGCGAAGAGAGUGCGAGUUCUUCCGAGGACAGUGACAGUGACACGGCCGAGCAGAGUCUUUGUGAAACUGAUGAGAAGAACAUGCCACCUCAUGUGAGGCGAGCUGAGGAAAUGGUGGAUCCCCAGAAAAAGGAGAAACUCGAAAGGUUAAAGAAGCAAGUAAAGGGCCUGAUUAACAGGUUGAGUGAACCCAACAUGGCCUCUAUAAGUGGACAGCUGGAAGAACUGUAUAUGGCUAACAGCAGGAAGGACAUGAACGACACAUUAACGGGCAUGCUUAUGAGUGCCUGUGUGACUGCCACAGUCAUGCCCAGCAGGCUUAUGAUGGAGCAUGUUUUGUUAGUCAGCAUUCUUCAUCACACAGUAGGCAUUGAGGUCGGUGCUCACUUUCUGGAAGCUGUGGUGAGGAAGUUUGAUGAUGUAUACAAAACUGGAAGUGAAGGGAAAGAAUGUGAUAACCUGUUCACCAUUCUUGCCCACUUAUAUAACUUCCAUGUGGUGCAGUCUCUCCUCAUCUUUGAUAUUUUGAAAAAACUUGUUGAAAGUUUCACAGAAAAAGAUAUUGAGUUGAUCCUGUUAAUGCUGAAAAAUGUGGGCUUUUCUCUGAGAAGAGAUGAUGCUUUGUCACUAAAGGAACUGAUCACUGAAGCCCAGAAGAAAGCCAGCGGAGCAGACAGCAGGUUCCAGGACCAGACCCGGGUUCGAUUCAUGCUAGAGACUAUGUUGGCGCUGAAGAAUAAUGACAUGCGUAAAAUUCCAGGCUAUGAUCCUGAGCCUGUCGAAAAACUGAAGAAGUUACAAAGAACUUUGGUGCGAAACAUUGGCUCAGGUGCAGAAACUCAGCUUCGAGUUUCCUGGGAGAGUGUUUUGAACGCUGAGCAGGUUGGACGCUGGUGGAUUAUAGGCUCAUCAUGGAGUGGAGCCCCAAUGAUUGACAGCAGUGAUAAGGUCCAGCCGAAGCCACAUGGAGGGACGGUUAGUUCAAAGAUAUUAGACCUUGCCCGCAAGCAGAGAAUGAACACCGACAUCCGGAGAAACAUAUUCUGUACAAUAAUGACCAGUGAAGACUUCUUGGAUGCAUUUGAGAAGCUUCUAAAGCUUGGACUUAAGGAUCAGCAAGAGAGAGAAAUAGUUCAUGUUCUAAUGGACUGCUGCCUUCAAGAGAAAACAUACAAUCCUUUUUAUGCAUUUUUAGCUAGCAAGUUCUGUGAAUAUGAAAGGAGAUUCCAGAUGACUUUCCAAUUCAGCAUAUGGGACAAAUUUCGGGAUUUAGAAAAUUUGCCAGCUACUAAUUUCUCUAAUUUGUUUCAUCUUGUGGCCCACUUGUUAAAGACAAAAUCACUUCCACUUUCUAUUUUAAAGGUAGUUGAAUUCAGUGAAUUGGACAAACCUAGAGUCCACUUUUUACGGAAAGUGUUGUCUAUGUUGUUAAUGGAAACUGAAGUUGAAGACCUGGGUUUAAUUUUUACAAGAGUAUCUGACAACCCAAAGCUGGGGAUGUUACGAGAAGGCUUAAAGCUUUUUAUUAGCCACUUCUUACUGAAGAAUGUGCAGGCCCAUAGCAGUGCUGAGGAAGCCAGCCUGCUGCGAGAGAGAGCCGACCUGGCCACCAGGUCUCUGCAGGGGAAAGCAUCCCUGAGGAUGUGA